GCUGCUCGUCUCUGUCUUUAUCUGCUGACACUCCCUCCCGCAGACAAACACACACACACCUCAGCAUCUUUCCAGCUAUAUCAGAGCUUUCAUUACAAGAUCAUUGCCGCAAUAUCAGCUCUUCACCACAGCUUUAGUUUACUCCAUCAGCUUGUGUCCAGCACGAAUUCGCCAUGGAGUAGCAGCACGGAAGCAGAUCCUCGAUAUCAUGGAAACAGAUGCUUGAAUAAGAGCGUCACAUCCCUCUGGGUUUGAAGAAGUAAUGUCUGUUAGAAACCAUCGCUGUGAAAAGGCGGCAGUGGCAUCAUGAACUUCUUACCAGUUCUUUCACUUUUGAUACUCUUAUGUAUCAGAGUAUCAGGACAGUGCUGGCAGGCCGCAACCUACUCUGAAAGCGUGGUGUCUCCGGAGCUGAGGAGCAGCAGUAUUUUACGUGUCCCGGAUGUGUCGUCCCUGGCUCAGUGUGCCGGGGCCUGCUGUGAUCUCCCGGGCUGUGACCUGGCCUGGUUUUUUGAGCACCGAUGCUAUGUGCUCAGUUGUCAGCACACAGAAAACUGCCAGCCGAAGAAGAGACCUGGUACAGACUCUUACCUGGCCUUCCUGCAACGUGGGCCCCCACAAACACUUGUCCUGCAGUCCCUGGUUCGAGGAGAGUCUUUCCCAAACCAUUGGCAGCCUCUGGCCAGACACCGGGGAUCCGAGGAUCCCAUGAAGGAUCUCGCUCUGCUUGAAGGGAUUCAGGAUUCGGACAACCCUGAGCCUGAGUAUGCAGAGAGUUUUCGAAGUUUGGAAGACAAAAGAGCUGAAGACAUAGACCUAAAAGCGGUAGAGCAAGAAGAGCAAACUGGGCUUUAUGAUUGGCCACCUGUUCAAAGAAAAGAGGAAUUCAACCAAUCAGAGACGGAGAGAGGCAGUAAAAGAUUGACAACUGUUCAGGGCCCUGUUGAAAGUAGCACCAUUACCCCAAGUCAUCUUUCAGAAGAGAGAAAUGAAAGCAGAUCAACCAUUAUUGAAGCAGAAUCUAAUGUUACGGUACCAUCAACCACUGUAUUUGACAUUAAGGUUGAAGAAGAGCCACAGAACACAUCGUCUGCAACUACUGCACCUAAAGUCGUGGAAGACCUCAGUACAGAGACCGCAAACUUUAGUGCAGUCAACGGUUCAUUCAUCACUCCAGCCAACACUGAAGCUACACCGCAGAUGACUUCAGAACAGCCAGUAAGAGCUCUGACUGUGUCCAUUGAAGGCCCUGUUGAAGCCAUGCUGCCCCAAAACACUGUUAAACUAACAGCUUUAGUUAGUCCAGAUGAUACUGCCGAAUCUCCUUACACAUAUGAGUGGACUUUUGUGAUCUCACCAGAAGGACAACGUAGGGUGAUGGAGGGGCAGCACAACAAAUCUGUCAUACUUUCUGAACUGUCAGAGGGUGUUUACGCAGUCAGAGUGAUUGUGAAAGCACAUCAAGCAUAUGGAGAAGGUUCUGUGGACUUGACCGUACACCCUGCAGAGAAAAUAAACAAGCCUCCUAAAGCAGUCGUUCUUCCCAAGAGCCAAGAUGUGCUGUUCAAAAAAGAUUCUGUCUUAAUCAUUAACGGAAGUGAGAGUAUGGAUGAUGCAGGGAUUGUCAGUUAUCUGUGGAAAAAGGUGGACGGCCCGUUUUGGACACCUGAAGGUCCUGUUAACAAACCUGUACUGCAGCUGAAAAAUCUUUUACCUGGAGAAUAUACCUUCGAGCUGACAGUGUCUGAUUCUGAGGGGCUGAGCGACUCCAGCACUGCCACCUUGAGGGUCAGCAUCCCAAAAGAUGAGCCUCCUCUGGCCAGAGCGGGCACAGACCGGGUCAUUACCCUGCCUCUCAACCACCUCACCCUGUGGGGAAACCAAAGCACAGAUGACCAGGCCAUUACAAGCUACCUCUGGACACUCCAUCCCAGCAGCCCGACCCGAAAGGUCACCAUGCAGGAUGUGAGAUCAGCAUUUCUGCUAGUCUCUGAUCUAGAGGAGGGUCAGUACACGUUUCAGCUCACAGUCACUGACUCAAGAGGUCAACAGGAUUCAGACACCAUCUCUGUCACUGUGCUGCCUGCAAACAGAGCACCAGUGGCUGUAACAGGACCAGACAUACAGCUACUCCUGCCGGUCAACAGCAUCACACUGAAUGGCAGCGGCAGCACUGAUGAUCAGGCCAUCAGCAGAUACCAGUGGGACGUGAUGAGUGGCCCUCCAGGCUUGAAGAUGAAAGAUGCCAAUAAAGCGGUUGCCAUCGCGACAGGCCUGAGAUCUGGGAUUUACAAGUUGAAGUUGACUGUGGUGGAUGAGCAGGGAGAAACAGACAGUGCAGUCCUGAGCAUCACAGUUAAAGAAGCUAAAAGCCUGCCACUGGUGGCUCAUGCCAGCGGCAGCCAUACACUCACUUUGCCCAACAACUCUCUGGUGCUCAGAGGUUCAGUGUCCAACAGCGGACCAGCAAACGUGUCCUUUCUGUGGGUUAGAGAUGAACAGAGCCCUGCUGCGGGGGAUGUGUUGUAUGGUUCAGAUCACGAGGCCUCGCUUUACCUUGCCAACCUGGUAGAAGGAACAUACCUGUUCCAGCUGCGGGUCACCGAUGUCCAGGGCCGCUCAAGCACGGCUACAGCCACUGUGGAAGUACGACCUGAUCCGCGUGAGCGAGAGGAGGUGGAACUUGAGCUGCAGGUGAGCGUGGCUCAAGUCAGUCAGCAACAGAGAGACACAGUGAUCAGACAGCUGGCCGCACUUCUGCAUGUGUUGGACUCAGACAUCGCACUAAAGGCUCUACAUGGACAGUCUGACAUCAGCACAGUAUUCAGGUUCUCGGUGCAGGGUCCUGAUGGUUUGAUCCCUGGCCCUAAACUUGCCCGCCUGCUGAGAAACCAGCUGUUGAGAGAGAAAAGCGACUUCUUGCUCUUUAGGGUCUUAAGAGUGGACACAGUCAUGUGUUUGCUGCUGUGUUCUGGGCGUGGUCAGUGUGACCCCAUUACAAAAAGCUGUUCCUGUGACCCUCUGUGGAUGGAGAACCCCAUCCGCCUCUUCAUAGACGAUGGAGAGAGCAAUUGUGACUGGAGUGUGCUGUAUGUCACAAUCUCUUGUUUUGUGACAAUCAUUUUCAUCUUGUCCGUCAGCUGGAUCUGCGUCUGCUGCUGUAAAAGGUCUGUUUUUAGGGAGAAGCGUACCAAAGUAAGAAAGAAAACCAAGUACACAAUACUAGACAAUAUGGAUGAACAAGAGAGGAUGGAGCUUCAGCCAAAGUACAACAUUAAACACAGAAGCACAGAGCACAACUCUAGCCUGAUGAUGUCUGAAUCAGAGCUGGACAGUGAACAGGACAACAUUUACAAUUACGGGAGAGUCCAAAAAGCUCAUAACAGAAUCAGAAACGGAGACACUCUCAGCCUUUGCCCUGUGGAGAGUUGAGUCGCAUGGACAAAAGGACAUUUCUUCAUCGUGGAUACUUGCAGCACAGGGGUAUUGCUGAAUUUACCACUAAUACAAAGACAGACAGAAUUGAAUGGGUGGCUAAACUUACCUACUACUGAAUGCAGUUGGUAUUGUAAAAACAACAACAAAACUGGUUUGCAGUAAGAUACAUCUGGACCUUAAUUACUAAUAGCAUAAUCCGCUUCAACAUAUAAAAAAGUCUUUGCAUUCAACUCUAUGCGUUUAAAAGUGCUUGUAUGUUCAGUAAUUGUUUUGUUAUUUCUAAGAUGCUCCGAUCAUAACCUUUGGGGAGAUUCUGCAAAAUAACUGAUACAUAUAAAAGCAAAACGAUGCUGUUCUUCUUUAUGCAAAAUCCUUUUAUUUGUACUGAACUGUUUGAACUUUAAUGUGCCUGACUGAAAUGCUUUUAUUUUUUUGAGAUUUUGGUCUUGUCCUUGAUUUUGAACACUGCACUGUGUCUUUUAGUGGCCUGGUUUUACAAACUUUACAAAUGUCUGCUUUAGCUGGAAUUGCAAUCGAAGCCAUUUGCCCCAGACAUAUUCUUUUAGUUUGUUUUAAUGCAGCUGGAGAUACACAAAUAUUAAAGAAUAAAAAAUACAGCCUUUUAUAGAACCAAAAAAAAGAGUUCAGUUUUUAUGAAACCAGUGUCACUAAUGUAAUGAAUCUGGGAUCAUGUGAAUAACAGUGUGUAAAAUGUCAUAUUAAUCUAAUUUUUACAGAGGCUUUGUGCUGUAUUUUCUUUGUACCCUUGUGUGUGUAUCAGACAGAGAAGUUCACAUUUAAGGUAAGAAAAUUAAUAUAUUUCUAAACAUGUUCAAUUGUAUGACAAUUAACAACACAAUUAUACACAACAAUACAAUGUUAAACAAGAAUUCAUAUUUACAACAAUUUGAAAAAUAUAACAGAAGAUGGGAUUUCAUUAAAAAAACAAAAACAAAUUGGCACUUAUAACAUUUGGCCACAAUGACAAAGUUAACUUACUAGACAAAUCUCGUUUUCGUAUCAAGUCAGAACAAUUUAUAUCUGUAAACAUUAUAUCCCACCAGUCAAUUCAUUUAUCAUUAACAGGCUCGCUCUAUUUCUAAUUAUAAAAAUAGAACACUUAGUAAAUUAGAAACAUUUAAAUCCAUGCACAUUUUAGUUCCUAAAUAUGCACAACAAAAUUAAUCAUAUUUUUGUUUGUUUUUCUAUCCAGAAUUAAAUGGGUAAGGAAAUAUAAACUAGAUACCAAAUAUAUCUUUUCUGAAAAACAAUAACACAAAAUUUAACAGUGUUUGUUUUAGGGAUGUUUUUACUUAAACAUUAUUUCAGUUAUUUAAGAACAAUGUGAACUCUUCUACAGUAUGUUCUUAUGGACAGAAUCUCAGAGGACUUUUUUUAAUAGCAUAUAUCUAAGGGCCUGUUUCCACUGAGUGGUUUGCAUGCUUUUAUGGCUUCCACUGU